CUGUCCAAAAAUCACAAAUAUUUUAAACGGAAACCUGAGUUUUGGAAUAUUAUGGAUUAUUUAAACGAAUGUGAUUUAGAGCCAUUUGAUUUAAAAUUUAAGAUGGCAAGUAAAAGUUUUCUUAAAUUGUGGCGUGGACGGGGGCCUGCUAGGUCGCCGUUCAUUCAAGGCUCUGAUCCAGCACUGGCCCCAUUGGGGCGCAGUUUGUCUGCUAGGCAGGCUGAUGUUCUGUGUGAUCGUAUAGAAGCCAAAGAAUGGGAAAAGAGGCGCACACGGCAGCAAGUUCACGUACAUCAAUCGGUUAAUGUAAACCUGAAUGUGACUAUAAUAAAUGGAGGAACAGUUGGAUGUAUAAACAACGAAGCUAUGUCAAGCAAAAGAAAUCAGAAUGAGGAUGAUCGUGAAGAAAAGUUAACUAAACGGACAAAAAUAAACGAACACUUUUCUCCUGUAUGUGAAACAAAAAAUGAUCAUGUUCAACGACCAUGUGAUAAUAUACUACCAGGUGAUAUCCAACGUCCAUGUGAUGAAAAUACACCACCAGGUGAUACUCAAAAAUCGAAUGGGCAUACCACUUCGUCGCCAUGUAGAAAGUCAGAUAGAUAUGCCACUCCAUCGCCAUAUAUAAAGCCAGAUGGGUCUACCACUCCGUCGUCAUGUAGUCCAACAUUAGGAAGUUCAACAGUAGAAAUUUCAUUAUUUGAUUACAUUAGUAACCCGUUUUUAGAGGAAAAUAGUAUUAUAUCCAUCGAUGACGUCCCACAAGAACUUACCUUCGAACACGAUAACAUAAAUAAUGACUUAUUUUUAGGGGAAAUUAAUGUAUCCCAAUUAUUCAGUAAUUAUCAAAGUCGGUCAUUGGAACUUGCCAAGACUAAGGGGCUAUUUGUCGAAUCCAACGUACAUGAGAUAUUAUCACUAUCUUCAAUCUUUCUCUUAACUCAAAAUUCUCAUUCAGAUAUUAUGAUCAAUAUGUUCGGUUCACCCCUACUGGAUCAAAUCUAUCAAGAAUUUAUGCCAACACAACAAGCUACAUUAGAUCCUCAGUGUGAAUUGAUAUUUAGAGAAGCCAUUAAAAUGGCAAUGAAAAAUUCAUGUGAACAUGCUGUAAAUUGGUUGUAUGGAAAGCUUGCAAGAGAAAAUGUUCUGAGAGAGAACGCAGGUAGCACAAUUUUAGAUUGCCUAAGAACGUUGCCCACGCUAAAUAUAAGAAGCGAUCACAGUGAAAUGACCCACAUCACAAAUUAUCUUGAUCGAAUUAUGAAAGGUUUUUUUGACGACCCAAAUCGACAUAUUGUUCAAUGGUCGAAUACGGCACUAGAAGAAAGUAAGGCCAAAAAUUUUGACGGUAGAACCAAACAACCCGACUUCACAGUUUCGGUCAUUCAUCAACUACGGGCAAAGGCUGUUUUGUUCGUAGGCGAAGUGACACCACCAACACAAAAAAAUAAUGUGUUCAAAAUUUGCAAUGAUCUAAUCCGUAUUGGUAUUUUCAUGAAGGAUUGUUUAGAUUCAGCCAUUGACAAAGGUGCAGACAUUAAAGUCCUGGGAUUUCAAUGCAUAGACUAUAAAGUUGAUUUUUAUGCGAUGGAUUUAACCAAGGGAUCGUAUGUUAUGAUUCAUAUUGGUCAAAUAACGCUCCCCGCUUCAGUAAAGGAGAUGUUAUCAUUUGUCGAUGAAUUCGAAAUGCUUCUAAGAAUACAAAAAAUUUUUCGUGAAUCUUUUAAUAGUUUGUAUGCAAAUCUUUGCCAUCCGGGUUCGCCAUUAGCCAAAGCAUCGUUCAAACGGAAAACUCUAAGUACACCAAAGUUUCAACAGUUGGUUAGCAAGACACAAUGUCAAUAG